CCGGCGGCCGCCCUUCGAGCCGUCGCCAUGCAGAUCUUCGUGAAAACCCUGACAGGGAAAACCAUCACCCUCGAGGUUGAACCCUCUGAUACUAUAGAAAAUGUCAAGGCCAAAAUCCAGGACAAGGAAGGAAUUCCUCCUGACCAACAGCGACUGAUUUUUGCUGGCAAACAAUUGGAAGAUGGGCGCACUCUAUCUGAUUAUAACAUUCAAAAGGAGUCUACCCUUCACCUUGUGCUGAGACUUCGUGGUGGUGCAAAGAAGAGAAAGAAGAAGUCUUACACCACCCCUAAGAAGAACAAGCAUAAGAGAAAGAAGGUGAAGCUUGCUGUCCUUAAAUAUUACAAGGUGGAUGAGAAUGGCAAAAUCAGCCGCCUGCGGCGAGAGUGUCCCUCUGAAGAAUGUGGGGCCGGAGUGUUCAUGGCUAGUCACUUUGACAGACACUAUUGUGGCAAGUGCUGUUUGACCUACUGCUUCAACAAGCCAGAAGACAAGUAAAUGUGUCUGUUGUAAUAAAAAACUUUAAGUG